AUGGAGUGGAAAAUACUUCCUACAUACUUGCUGCUACUUUCUGUUUCCUUGAUUCAGCAAGUUUCUUCUCAAGAUUUACCAAGCUGUGCAGGGAGAUGUGGGGAAGGGUAUUCUAGAGAUGCCACCUGCAACUGUGAUUAUAACUGUCAACACUACAUGGAGUGCUGCCCUGAUUUCAAGAAAGCCUGCACCAUAGAGCUUUCCUGUAAAGGCCGCUGCUUCGAGUCCUUUGCAAGAGGGAGGGCGUGUGACUGUGACUCAGAUUGUAAGAAGUAUGGCAAGUGCUGUCCUGAUUAUGAGAAUUUUUGUGGAAAAGUGCAUAAUCCCACAUCACCACCAUCUUCAAAGACUGCACCUCCACCUCCACCUCCAGGAGCAUCUCAAACCAUCAAAUCAACAACCAAACGUUCACCCAAAGCACCAAACAAGAAGAUGACUAAGAAAGUGAUAGAAUCAGAGGAAAUAACAGAAGAACAUUCUGUUUCUGAAAAUCAAGAGUCUUCUUCCUCUUCCUCUUCCUCUUCAACUAUUCGGAAAAUCAAGUCUUCCAAAAAUUCAGCUGCUAAUAAAGAAUUAAAGAAGAAACCCAAAGUAACAGAUAACAAGAAGGAAAGAACACCCAAAAAGAAACCUACCCCAGAACCACCAGUUGUAGAUGAAGCUGGAAGUGGACUGGACAAUGGUGACAUCAAGCUCACCCCAACUCCUGACAUUCCUACUACCCAACGCAAUAAAGUUACCACAUCUCCCAAGAUCACAACAGGCAAACCAAUAAAUCCUAAACCCAGUCUUCCACCUAAUUCUGAUAUAUCCAAAGAGACACCUUCAACACCUAAUAAGGAGGCAACAGUUGAAACUAAAGAGACUUCUUUAACAAACAAAGAGACUUCAAGUGGAACAAAAGAGAAGACUACUUCAACUAAAGAGACAAGAAAUGCAGAGAAAACACCUCCUAAAGAUUUUGUACCCACAUCCAAAGCUCCUGUUAAAUCUACACCCGAAGCUGAAACUACAACCAAAUCCCCUGCUUCCACCACCACCAAGGAGACCACUCCCACCACCCUCAAGCCUGUUCCUACUACCCCCAAGAAGCCUGCACCUACCACCAAGGGGCCUACACCUACCACUCCCAAGGAGCCUGUACCCACCACCAUCAAAGAGCCUACACCCACCACCCCUAAGAAGCCUGCUCCCACUACUCCCAAGGAGCCUGCACCCACCACCAAGGAGCCUACACCCACCACCCCCAAGAAGCCUGCUCCCACCAUUCCCAGGGAGCCUGCACCUACCACUCCCAAGGAGCCUGCACCCACCACCCCAAAGGAUCCUAUACCCACCACCCCAAAGGAGCCUACACCCACCACCACCAAGGAGCCUGCUCCCACCACUCCCAAGGAGCCUACACCCACCACCCCCAAGGAGCCUGCACCCACUACGACCAAAGAGACUGCACCCACAGCCCCCAAGGAGCCUACACCUACCACCCCCAAGGAGUCUGUACCCACCACCCCCCAGGAGCCUGCACCCACCACCCCCAAGGAGCCUGCACCCACCACUCCCAAGAAGCCUGCACCCACCACCCCUAGGAAGCCUGCUCCUACCACUCCUAGGGAGCCUACACCCACUACCACCAAAAAGCCUGCCCCCACAGCCCCCAAGGAGCCUACACCCACCACUCCCAAGGAGACUGACCCCACCACUCCUAAGGAGCCUGCACCCACUACCACCAAAGAGCCUGCCCCCACAGCCCCCAAGGAGCCUACACCCACCACUCCCAAGGAGCCUGAACCCACCACUCCCAAAAAGCCUGCACCUACCACCCCUAAGAAGCCUGCUCCCACCACUCCCAAGGAGCCUGCACCCACGGCCCCCAAGGAGCCUGCACCCACUGCCCCCAAGAAGCCUACACCCACCACUCCCAAGGAGCCUGAACCCACCACUCCUAAGGAGCUUGCACCCACUACCACCAAAGAGCCUGCACCCACAGCCCCCAAGGAGCCUACACCCACCACUCCCAAGGAGCCUGAACCCACCACUCCCAAAGAGCCUGCACCCACCACCCCCAAGAAGCCUGCACCCACCACUCCCAAGGAGCCUACACCCACCACUCCCAAAGAGCCUGAACCCACCACUCCUAAGGAGCUUGCACCCACUACCACCAAAGGGCCUGCACCCACAGCCCCCAAGGAGCCUACACCCACCACUCCCAAAGAGCCUGCACCCACCACCCCCAAGGAGCCUGCACCCACCACUCCCAAGGAGCCUACACCCACCACUCCCAAGAAGCCUGGACCCACCACUCCCAAAGAGCCCGCACCCACCACCCCUAAGAAGCCUGCUCCCACCACUCCCAAGGAGCCUGCACCCACAGCCCCCAAGGAGCCUGCACCCACUGCUCCCAAAGAGCCCACCCCAAAGGUCCCCAAGGAGCCUGCUCCAGCUUCUCUUGAGACACCUGCUCCAACCAUCUCAGAGGCCUCUACUACAACUACCACCAUGGAGCCUCCCACUACUCCCAAGAACCCUGCUGAAUCAAUUCCUGAGUUUCCUGCAGAACCCACACCAAAGGCUGUGAAUAAACCCAAAGAAACCACAGCUGUGCCAAAAGAUACAACCACGAAUCCUAAAGUGUCAACUUCUAAACCCCGAAAGCCAACCAAAGCACCAAAAAGGCCCACUUCUACCAAAAAGCCAAACACAAUACCUAAAGUGAGAAAACCAAAGACUACAGCAACUCCCCCAAAGAUGACUACAUCGACAAUGCCGAAAUUACACCCUACCUCCUCAGCGGAAGCCAUGCCCCAAACUACCACCAGCCCCAGCCAAAGACUUAACUCAGAAAAAGUUGAAGUAAAUCCAAAUAAAGAUGCAGAUAUUGCUGGAGAAAAACCUCACAUGAUCCCCAGGCCCCUUCAUAUAUUGGUGAGAGGAUCCAAUCAAGACCUCGCCAUCAAUCCCAUGCUUUCAGAUGAGACUAAUUUAUGCAACGGUAAGCCAGUAGAUGGACUGACUACUUUGCACAAUGGAACACUGGUUGCAUUUCGAGGUCAUUAUUUCUGGAUGCUGAGUCCAUUCAAUCCACCAUCUCCACCUCGUAAAAUUACUGAAGUUUGGGGUAUUCCCUCCCCCAUUGAUACUGUUUUUACUAGAUGCAACUGUGAAGGAAAAACUUUCUUCUUUAAGGAUUCCCAGUACUGGCGUUUCACCAAUGAUAUAAAAGAUCCAGGGUACCCCAAACAAAUUGUAAAAGGAUUUGGAGGACUAAAUGGAAAAAUAGUGGCAGCUCUCUCAAUAGCCAAAUACAAGAACAGACCUGAAUCUGUAUAUUUUUUCAAGAGAGGUGGCGGCAUUCAGCAGUAUAUUUAUAAACAGGAACCCAUCAAAAAGUGCCCUGGAAGAAGGCCUGCUAUCAAUUAUUCAGUGUACAGAGAAACAACACAGGUUAGGAGACGUCGCUUUGAACAUGCCACAGGACCUUCUCAAACACACACCAUCAGAAUUCACUAUUCCCCCGUCAGAGUCUCUUACCAAGACAAAGGUUUCCUCCAUAAUGAAGUUAAAAUGAGUUUACAGUGGAGAGGAUUUCCAAGUGUGGUGACUUCAGCUAUCGCACUGCCCAACAUCAGAAAACCGGAAGGCUAUGAUUACUACGCCUUUUCUAGGAAUCAAUACUAUAACGUCGAUGAACCCAGCAGAACAGCAAGAGUCAUUACUACUCGUUCUGGGCGGAGCUUAUCCAAUGUCUGGUACAACUGUCCUUAGACCCACGGGCAAAGGAAGAGUCAACUAAUUAAAUGAAGAAUGAAAAAUUUUGACACUGAAAUACAUUUUAUUAAUAAAGAAUGUUGAGAGAAGCAUUACCAAUUUAAAUACAAAAAUGUUUUUAAUCUCGACAAUCAUUACACUAAAACAGGCUUGAGAAUCUUAUUCACAAUUAUUACAGUUUACAGGACAUUUAAUUAAUAUUGCCUCUAUUUAUUCCUCCUCUCCCUCCCAUUGCAUGGCUCACACCUAUAAGAGAAAAAAAUAACCAAACUGAAUACAUCUUUUAAGAAGUUAGCUCAAAAGUGGAGUAUUCACUUACCCUAGGUCACUAUAAAAUUGCUUUCAAUAUCAAAUAUCUAGGUAUACAGAUAUAAAACUGUGUUAGACAUUUCACACAUCUUCAGUUGAA